UGUGACAGUCUGCAAGUGGUCGGAACAAAAAUGCCAAGAUGGCGGCACUGGCAAGCUGGACAACCGCCCUCUUCGCCGCUGUCACGUUGGCAGCACUGCUAGAGCCCUCGGUAGCAAAGAGUUCCAGCGGGAAGACAAGCCUCCUGGAGAGCUCCGAGAACUUGCUCUUUGGACCGGCAGAUGCCGCGGGAAACCUGUUCAAGGUGGCGCUGACGCAGAAGAACUACAUACAGUUCCUAAAGUAUGAGGUGGACUUCCCGCCACUGGAAGACUUCGCCUUCUGCCUGUGGCUCAGGUCUACCAACUUCACCAACUCGCACCCCAUCUUCUCCUACUCACGCCACGAGACGGAGCGUCUGGCGCAGGCGUGGCUGGAGCCAGCCUCUGCGAUCAACGGCUUCACGGCGCAUGCGCGGCUGUCGCUGCUGGGAAUCCCCGUGUUCUCUGUGCCGCUGUCCGAACCGUCGCUGGGCCCGCAGCCCGGCGGCCUCUACCCCUGGUUGCACGUGUGCUACACGUGGGACGGCCGGCUCGGCACGUGGCGCCUCUUUCUGCACGGGCAGCUGGCAGGGCAGGGGCACGCGCCAGCGCAGUUGAGGGGCCUGAAGCUGCCUCCAGGCGGCGACGUGGUGGUGGGCCAGGAGUACACGGACCAGGAGAAGGGCCUCGACGACGGCAUCGAGGGCGAGCUGUUCGGCUUCAACCUGCUGAUGUUUAGCAAACUAGAGUGGCACACUCUGCAAGAGAGGCGCUCUGCACCCUUCCCGUGGUACAGGCGGUACCCCUCCAGGCCUCCGGGGCGCAUCUCCAGCUCCAGCCGGGCGUUCCAGGCGGCUGCGGCGCGCCUCGUGCACUCAGGCUUCGAGCAGUGCGCGCAGGGCCGCGGUUCGAUCCCGGACGCGGGGCUGCCGCUGCUGGUGGCGUGGGCGCGGUCCCCUGUCAAGGUGUUCGGCGGUGCCGUCCUUCUUCCAGCCAGGCCCGUCUGCGGACACUUCUGAGGGACCGGGGACCAGCUGAGAGCCGAGAAACACUCUCACAUCUGUACAGGUCCUUGCAUCGUGUGUCCGUCAAACAUCCAGCAAUAGACACGUGAGGAUCUCUACUGUCGACAAGAGAUCGGGUCUAUCGUUGGCAGAUGGAAGUAUCAGAGCACUGAGAAAAAUGCGGCUCUCAGUUUUCUAAUCCGCUAGUGGUCACUCUGCGGCACAGCAGGCUACUGAUCUCAGGACCAUGUCACACAAUACGGAGUAAAACACUGUCUGCCACAAUCUGUCUCCCACACGUCGGUACGGUGAAGCUUUGACUCAGGGUGUGGUGCUUGUUUGGUUCGGAUAUCACAGUUCGCAAGCGCAUUGCCCACAAACA